GACUUCUGGACAUUCCGGGCGGAAAAAAGCCGCUCCCGGCCGCCCGUCGUCGCCCCGGUAUCAUUUGCAUGAUGUACGUACGCCGUUCGCAAUGCCGUUAUCAUAAACGAAGGUGACUCUUUCAGACGCCCACGAUCGGCAGAAAUUCGCGGAAGGAGUCGAACGCGACACGGUUCGUGAGUGCAGUGUUACCCGCGGUGCCGACCGGUGCGCGCCGAUGGUCGCUCGUUUUUUAUUUCCAUUCAGUGAUAAGUAAACGUGCCUUUUUCCCCGAUUGUUAUAGCAGCGCGUGUCUAUUAGCCGCUCGAUGAUUUUCCGCGAUAAAAAACAUUGGAUAUUCACCGCAACUGCGUGCGCUGCAGUUAUUGACGUUUAAAUGAAACUUUAAUAGACUUCAAUGGGCUUUAAUGGAUCGCAGUUGACUACUUUUCGAAUUGCACUUCUGCCGUAGACAAAAUCAGAGAGGAGUGCAAUCAACCUUCUUCCUUGAACUAUUGUUCUUGAAAAUUAGUUAAGAGGAUUUAGAAAAGAACAAUUUAUUUUACCACACGCGUGAGAAGUGCCUUGACUAGGGAAUACCAAUUUUUAUGAAGCUUUCGGCAGCGAUUUUUUUACAACGCCUUUUCGAAUGAGUAAAGGGAGAGUGCGCUCGUCCGUAAGCUGUCGAGAGCUUAGCAAACUUCCAGCUAAAGGCAGAGGCUUGGUCUGACCGCUCUCGUGCUCUUACUACUGGUCUUCCGUAUCCACGAGCUUCCGACGAAAGCGAAGAUAAAGAGUUACAAAAUUUAUUCGUCGAAAAUCUACCUUCUAUCUGUCUCUUAUCGCUUUCACGAUACGAUAACGAAGUGAUUCGAGUGGAGAUUAACCCGAAGCCUAACACUUUACUGUUUACGCACAUGUUGCUAUCAAGGUGUACGGGAUAUUUAAUAAGACAGGUAUCGCGCGGCCUGCUUCAAAAAGCUUCCCGGGCGAUGAAGUUAUCGGAGCCAGUGGAUUGACGACGAGGCGAGGCAAUAAUCAGUGCGACGGGGAACCGAUCGAGGUGUCAAGACGAGGCUCAGAAAUAAGCCUCGGACGACACGUUUAAUAGUAGCGCCGGCACAGUCGAUGCAACCGACCAGGAGGAACCCCCGGGUUCCCAGUCCUGAGCCGUUGCGACCGUUCACCCCGCCGGACCUCUCUUCCAUCCCACAUAUGGACGACACAUCCCUGCACGACAGCGGCAACGGUAAUGACAACGCGUCACCGACGGCAAAUCGGGCGAACGACGGCGCACAACAGGAGGCCCCCGGGCCCUUCAUCGUUGGCAGCCCCAUCGACCUCGGGGACAUCGACAACGUUGACAAUAUCGGCCUCCGUCUCGACCCCGUCACGCGUCGCAGUAGCAGACGCAGGGCGCGAGAGCACAUCGAGCUUCAGGAGACGGGCUCGCCGGACUCCGACGUUGGUCCGGUAAGGACGGAAAAUGGCGGCUCACAGGGCGACGAUCAACCGGCCGCGCAACAGAAUGGCGGCGAGGAGAGGGUCAUUUUCGUCAAUGCCCCCCAUCAGCCGGCGAAGUACAAAAACAAUCACAUUACCACCGCGAAGUACUCAUGUCUGUCGUUCGUACCUCUGUUCCUGUUUGAGCAAUUCCGCCGCUACAGCAACUGCUUCUUCCUGUUCAUCGCACUCAUGCAGCAAAUACCAGACGUGUCGCCGACAGGUCGCUGGACAACAUUGGUUCCACUGAUUUUCAUCCUCAGCGUGUCCGCUUUGAAAGAGAUAGUCGAGGAUGUUAAGAGGCACAGAGCGGACGAUGAAACAAACAUGAGAGAGGUGGAGGUGCUGAGGGAAGGGCGCUGGCAGUGGAUACAGUGGCGCACCAUAGCCGUCGGCGAUGUGGUUAAGAUUCACAACAACACUUUCUUCCCCGCCGACCUAAUCAUGCUGUCGUCGUCGGAGCCACAGGGUAUGUCCUUCAUAGAGACCGCCAACCUGGACGGCGAGACGAAUCUCAAAAUCCGACAGGCCCAUCCCGACACUGCCAAUCUCUUGGAUACCGCGGAACUGAUGAACUUUCGCGCCAACAUCCAGUGCGAGCCGCCCAACAGGCAUUUAUACGAGUUCCACGGGGUCCUGCGGGAGACCAAUAAACAGAGCGUAGCUUUAGGGCCCGAUCAAUUGUUACUACGUGGCGCGAUGUUGCGGAACACACGAUGGGUGUUCGGUGUAGUGAUAUACACGGGACACGACACGAAACUCAUGCAGAAUAAUACCGCGACAGCGCCGUUGAAACGAUCCACCCUGGAUCGGUUGAUCAACACGCAGACACUGAUGCUAUUUUUCAUACUUCUUCUGUUGUGCAUUCUUUCCGCGAUAUUCAACGUCGUGUGGACGAACGCCAACAAGGAGAACCUCUGGUACCUGGGAUUGCAAGAGGAAAUGACUAAAAACUUCGCUUUCAAUCUACUGACGUUUAUUAUUCUCUUCAAUAAUUUAAUACCCAUAUCGCUGCAAGUGACGCUCGAGGUGGUGAGAUUCGUUCAGGCCACGUUUAUUAACAUGGACAUAGAGAUGUAUCACGCGGAGACGGACACUCCGGCGAUGGCGCGUACGAGUAAUCUGAACGAGGAACUCGGGAUAGUUAAAUACAUAUUCACGGACAAGACCGGCACCCUCACCAAGAACGUCAUGGAGUUCAAGCGGUGUUCAGUCGGCGGAAGACUGUAUGAUUUGCCAAAUCCCUCGAACGGCGACGAAAGUACGAGUGACAGCAAUUGCGAGUUAAUUAGGGAUAUUAUGGAAGGGAGGUCCGUACAGGACCUGUCGAAUCCUGCCGACAAGAAGAAGGCGGAGCACUCAGUUAUACUCCACGAGUUUAUGGUCAUGCUGUCGGUUUGCCACACGGUUAUUCCCGAAAAACUGGACGAUUCCAUCCUCUAUCACGCUGCGUCUCCUGAUGAAAGAGCGCUGGUGGACGGGGCGCGUAAAUUUAACUACGUGUUCGACAUGCGGACGCCCAGUUACGUGGAGAUCGUAGCUCUGGGCGAGACGCUGCGAUACGAAAUCCUGAACGUUAUCGAAUUCACUUCGGCCAGGAAAUGUAUGUCGGUGAUCGUCAAGACGCCCGAGGGGAAAAUAAAAAUUUUUUGCAAAGGCGCAGACUCGGUUAUUUACGAAAGAUUGAUGUCGACCUCUCUGGAGACUAGCGAUCUUGACUUGGAGCACGCGGACGAUUUUCGCGAGACGACCCUGGAGCAUUUGGAAGCUUUCGCCAGUGACGGAUUACGAACGCUUUGUUUCGCCUCCGCGGAAAUACCGGAGAACGUUUAUCAGUGGUGGCGCGAAUCGUACCAUAAAGCGUCAAUUAGUAUGAGGAAUCGCGAGACUUUGUUGGAGCAGGCUGCGAAUUUUAUUGAGAGUAAACUCACGUUGUUAGGGGCAACCGCAAUUGAAGAUCAACUACAGGAUCAAGUCCCGGAAACGAUACAGGCUUUUAUACAAGCCGAUAUCCAUGUCUGGGUAUUGACGGGAGAUAAGCAGGAAACCGCGAUAAAUAUCGGUUAUUCGUGUAAAUUGUUAACUCAUGGGAUGCCACUUUACAUUAUUAAUGAAUCUUCUUUAGACAAAACUAGAGAAGUCAUCAUCCAACGCUGUCUUGAUUUCGGGAUUGACUUAAAAUGCCGAAACGAAGUGGCCCUGAUCAUAGACGGCAGUACGUUAGACUACGCUUUGUCUUGCGACAUUAGGAUGGAGUUCUUGGAAUUAUGUUCAGCUUGCAAAGUCGUUAUCUGCUGUAGGGUAUCGCCGAUUCAAAAAGCUGAGGUGGUUGAUCUAAUCACGAGUAACAAGAAAGCGGUGACUCUUGCGAUUGGGGAUGGCGCGAACGAUGUGGCUAUGAUACAAAAAGCUCACAUCGGCGUCGGCAUCUCGGGUGUGGAAGGUCUUCAAGCGGCCUGUGCCUCGGAUUACUCCAUUGCACAGUUUCGUUUCCUUAAACGUCUGUUAUUCGUUCACGGCUCUUGGAAUUAUAGCAGAAUGUGUAAAUUAAUCUUGUAUUCGUUUUACAAGAAUAUCUGUCUGUAUGUCAUCGAACUAUGGUUUGCCAUCUAUUCCGGUUGGUCCGGACAGAUCCUUUUCGAAAGAUGGUCCAUUGGGCUUUACAACGUCGUUUUUACCGCUGCGCCUCCGUUAGCUAUGGGUCUCUUUGACAAAGUAUGUUCUGCAGAAACUCACUUGGCUCAUCCGGGACUGUACGCGACGAAGAAUAACGGCGAGUCAUUCUUCAAUAUUAAAGUAUUUUGGGUAUGGAUUAUGAAUGCGCUGAUUCAUUCGUUGCUAUUGUAUUGGCUGCCGCUAUUGGCUCUGAAACAAGACGUAGCUUGGGCAAACGGUAGAGACGGUGGUUAUCUUCUACUAGGAAACUUUGUUUAUACCUAUGUUGUAGUAACUGUAUGCGCGAAGGCGGGUCUAAUAAUAAACUCGUGGACAUGGGUCACCCACUUGGCGACGUGGGGUUCUAUUAUACUCUGGUUCUUAUUUAUUUUUAUAUAUAGUAAUUUUUGGCCCGUCUUGAACGUGGGCGCUGUGAUGUUGGGCAAUGACAAGAUGUUAUUUUCUUCGCCUGUCUUUUGGCUGGGGCUUAUAUUAAUACCUACCGCGGCGUUAUUACUAGAUGUCACAGUAAAAGCAGUGAAGAAUACAGUUUGGAAGUCCGUAACGGAAGCAGCCCGAGAGAACGAAAUCAGGAAAUCUGAUCCUGGUGAUAUUUUCAACAAUCAGGAUUAUAGAAGCUCAUUGACCGAGACGGCGAGGCUGCUGAAAAAUGUUAAAAGCGUUUUCACCAGGCGCUCGAACGCCGCCUCCAGAGUCAGUGUCGAGGUGGAGCUAUCACAUGGUUUCGCGUUCUCGCAAGAGGAGGGUGGCUCGGUGACCCAAACCGACGUGAUCAGAGCCUACGAUACGAAUCUUCCGAAACCCGGCGGCAUGUGAUUUAAGCGGGGCGGCCGCCGUGCAGCAAGAUGAUGCCGGCCGCUCUUCCAAGUGGCCUGAGCGGUGGAGAACCUCGCGGCUCUGCGUUUUACUCGACUGACACGGGAGCGGGAUCGUCAGGGCGACGACCGGCAUCGGCGAUCGUAUCGACGACAGCGGACCGAGAAGAAAAGGGGACUCGAGAGAAAAGAAUUCCUAUCCUUCAAUCGGUCGCGUUUCGCUAAGUUAGAAUCUGACGAUUCGAACGAACAUGGCCUUUCAGUCCGCGACUGAUCGCUUACGGAUUAUUUCAUUUCGCCGGAAUAAACUUGUCGCUCGUGAAUUUGUAAUUUGACGUGACGUUUUAGCACGGACGCGACUGAUUAAGGCCGGGUUUACAAUAUAAAAAAACGAAAUUGACCAAUCACAGUCGAAAGUGAGGAGAAUAAUCGCCUGUGAUUGAUCGAUUUCUUACGGCUUAGGGCUACACCUAUUGUAGAUCCGGUCUUAACCGGUCGUUAACAUCCGAAGCAAGGAUUUCUCAUUGAAUUACUGCGAGACCCACUUUUGCAGAAGGAUUACCCCGACGUUAGCAUGAAUAAUUAUUUUGAUACUCCGCGAAAUUUUAUUCUGAUAUACAAUACUAUAGAGACCUUGGAGUAUCGGAUAGCGGCGUUUUCGCUCGCGAUGCAUUUGAAAACGCAUUUUGCGUUGGCGUCAAAGUCGCGCGCGCGCGCGGAGUCCUAUAUGGCAGUUAAGAGAGGAAAAAGAAAAGCGCGUCUAGUAGAACGCAAGAGCUCGUAGGACGCUACUCUACUUCUUUUUUCGAGGAACAAAAAUUGUGCGAAUUACGCAAGUCGUAAUUGCAAUCUUAAAUGUGUUAAAAUAUAUAUACAUCUAUAUAUAUAUUUGUUUUAUACGUAAAUAGAUUUGUCGUGCGAGAUAAUUGUCCCGGGGACGUAUUCGAGCGAAAUUUUUCUGGAGUACCUCUAUAUUAUAUAUAUUAUAUAUAUAUACGUCUAAAAGAGAAUUUAUACAUUUCGAAGAUUAGAGCUUUGGCGAUCGCGACACGAUCGUUGGAGGAUUACGUUCGAUUUCGUGCCAGAAAAAGACUGUCCCCCUUGUCCGAUAUAUGUAUAUUAUGUAUAUUACGUUACUCUUUACCUUUCUUUUAAAUCGAUGACGUAGAUAUUUCAUUACUAAACAUACACGAAAUUGCGUUGUUAUCUAGUCAGAAUCUAAUACUUAUCGUUUAGUUCAGAGUUUCACUCUUUCGACUGUCGCAAUACACUCUUUUUUUUAAGUUUAUGACUGGAAAAUUUCAUGGAGAAAUAUAUAUGUAUGUGUGUGUAUAUAUGUAUAUGUAUACAUAUUUAUAUAUACAUACGUAUAACAUGUGUAAAAUAACAAUUGUAUACACUAUGUUCGGAAUAAAACGGUGAUAAAGAAA